UUUACGGACAUCCAAAUAUGUUGAUUGUCAUCUUACUAUUUCAUUGCCAUGGAAACCGUUAUGUCCUAUUGACAAAACUUUAUUUUUAUCUCUUUAUAAGUAACAGGGAGAAUUGUUAUUUCAUAUUACUUGUAAAUCUUUGAAGAUAGUUUAUUUAAAAAUGACUGCAAGGUGUCCCAGUUUGCCUUUUUUACCGGGCUAUACUUUCAACCCAGAUAUUGGCAGAACGAACUUCCGUCUGCAUCCCCAAUUGGAUUAUUUGGGACCAGGGAACCGAGGUAUACGUGAAAGAGUUAAACCAAACAUGUUGGGUCCCCUUUCUGACAAAUACCCGUCUGCAUAUCCCCGUGGGGAAACCAUCGAAAUCCCAUCGUGGGUCGCUUUCGAUAAAAAGAUUUUGGUAUUUGAUGCUUAUUUCAAUGAAACUUUGCAAGAGGUAAGGAAUCAACCAUUUUUAAUGAGGAAAUGUAAAAUAUAUCUGUAUUUGGAAGAUGGAACCAUACAAGUCGUGGAACCACACGUCGUCAAUAGCGGUUGUACACAAGGUACUGUCAUCCGACGUCAAAGAAUCCGUUUCCCACCUCCGAUGGACGACAACUUUUACGACAUCCUCGACUUCAACAUUGGCUUCGAAGUGAACUUCUACGGCAAAGUGUUCAAGAUAGUCAACUGCGAUAAAUUCACCAGAACGUUCUUGAAUCGUUGCGGUAUAACGGUACCGGACGCCAUCCCUAUGCCGGACGAUCCCUUCGUAGAGAUAAGAGGAAAGGAUAUCAAAUCCAUGCAGCCCAAGAAACCUAAAAGAUCGCAAACUCCGUCUUUCGCCAAGUUCAUUAAAAACGACAAGAAGGUUCUAAAAUUCCAAGCCUACUGGGACGACCGCAAGGUUCCGUUCGGGUAUCUGCACCAUUUGGAAGUCCAUUUCUACUUAGCAGACGAUACGAUAGAAAUUAAGGAAUUACAAUCUGAAGUCGGCGGAGAACCGGGAUUCCUAUUUUUGAAACGAUCCAAAUUGGCCAAACUGAACAAAGACCUCCCGCCGCCCGGAUUCGAUUGCCCGGAAACCAUUUUGAACGUACUGGGGAACAGUUUGGAUACCAGGAGAUACAUUUUGGAUAGUUUGGAUUGCGGUAGAGAGAAUGUCGCGUAUUAUUGCGAAAAAGAUUUGACUAUCGGUGCAAUCGUGAACGUGUACGGGCGCCAGGUGAUUCUGGUCGAUUGCGAUCAAUUCACCAAAGAGUUUUACGCCAAAAAGUACGGUAUAAACGAGUUUACGCCGAUCGCGAUACCGGAAGAAAAGAAAGAGCCGAAACAACACAAGUCCAUUAAACAGCGAGAAUUGCCCAUUUGGAACGGAUGGGGAAGUCACGAGGAUUCGGCGCAAAAUUGCAGGACCGUCGAACCGAAGGCUCCUUUAAAGGACUUCAAGAAAUUCUUGCAAUACGACAGGAAAGGAAUGGACAGUCACAUUCUAAGAUUCAAAGCCAAAAUGAAAUCGGACAGUGUGGAAAAUUGUAAAAGAACUUUUAUCAUUUCCGCAUAUCUAUGCGACGACUCAAUCGCCAUUCACGAAGUGCCUACCAAACAUUCAGGUUUUCCGAAAUCUACUUUUCUGAAAAGAACCGAUGCUUUCCUGCCUGGUCAAAAACGAUUUACCAGUACACCUCCGUUGAAGUACACCUCACAGCAAAUGUUCGUAGGAGCCACAUUGAUAAUAUUCAACUGGGAGUUUGUCCUUAUCGACGCGGACGAAUAUGCAUUAAGAUACAUGGAGAUUCACUGUAGUAGAUACCCCAAAUCCAAUAUUAAACUGAUCAUGGAUAACGUUAGAGAAAAACUGAAGCCUAUCUACAAAGAUUUCGUAGCCGAAAAUAUACCUAAAGAUAACACUCCACUUAUCUCUUACGAAAAAUUAAGGUCUAAACUUUGUCAUCUCAUGGGUCCAGAAUUUACCGAACAGGAAAUGAUUACGAUUGCCAGGGCUUUUUCAGGGGUCUGUCACAAAGACAGAUAUGAUAGAAGCAAACUGAGAGCCGUGUGUUUGACCGUGCUGAAAAAAAGAAUGUGGGACGAACUAGAUCGCCUGGGUGAAUAUUUUCAUCACGCCGACGUUGUUAAUUGCGGCACGUUGACCAGAGCUGAUGCUCUAAAAGUUAUGAAGGGUUGCAGAUUGCCGUUCGAUAUAUUGAUUCUGGAAAAGAUCCUCGAUAUUGCUGCCAAAGAUGAACACGGAAACAUUAUUUAUACAGAUAUUAUCAAAUUUCUCGACUUGAGUCAUUGUCCACCAACAGACGUUUAUCCAACGAACAUUAAGUACCAACUAUGGUGGGCAUCCGAACCGGAACCUCAUGCUGGCAAAAAGAUCGAUUGGUGCGCUUUCAACAAGUAUUUAGACCUAGAAGAUACUUUCCAAGAAGUGCUCAAAGAUACUAGCAGAGAUGAGACGCUUCAAGGGCAGAAUGUGGGGGAUGAAAAAUAAUUUAGUAUCAUAUGGAUCAAUUUUAUACCAUAAAAAUAAUUAUACAAUAUCUAUCUAUCUUAAA